AUGACCAGCAUAGAAGGCGACACAGUAAUUGUGCCUCUGGAGGUUAACUUCAUGAUCAGUGUUAUCAUUAACAGCAUCACCUGUCCUUUCACAGUUCUGCUUAACGUGCUCGUAAUUAUAGCCGUCAAAAAAAGACGACGACUCCGAACUAACAGCAACAUCUUGCUGGCCUGUUUAGCUGUGACUGACGCAUUAACUGGUCUCUUUGGUCAACCGUCAUAUGUCCUUUGGAGGAUAUUCCUAAUAUUUGGCCUCGGUGGCAGUGAAAUACUUAAACAAUUUAACGUCAGUGUUAUGUCUACACUUUCGUCUUCUUCAAACCUUCAUCUGAUGUUGGUUACUUGCGAGAGGCUCAUAGCGAUCAAAUAUGCGAUGCACUAUUCAAACGUUGUAACUAAUAUCAAACUAAAGAUAGCGGUGUUAGCAAUUUGGAUCAUUGGUUUCGUGUGUGGUACUUUAGUUGCGUUAAAAAUGUACCAGGCUAUGCUUCAUAUCGCAAGCCUCAUCACGAUUUCAUGUAUCGUGCUCGUUGCCUUCGCAUAUGUGAUUUUGUAUCAUGAAACCUGCCGUCAUCGAAAGAAGAUAAAAGCACAGCAACUGCCCCAAGAAGAAGUGGAAAGAUCUAUCAAAGAGAACAAAGCACUUAAGACAACAGUGUUUGUAGUUGGUGCUAUCAUUGUGAGCCUUCUUCCGCUUGGUUUCUGUCUCAUCGGUACAGCUACAGACCUCUUUGAUACCUGCCCCAUCGAUGAACCAAUUUGGAAAACUUGCAGCAUGUUAAACUCGUUUGUUAAUCCAUUGAUCUACUGCUGGAGACAAAACGAAAUGAGAAAGUUCGUACUUAGAAUAAUGAAGUAG